AUGGGAGACCUUAUGAAAAGACAGUUCAGCAUCUUAGAUUUAUCUGGAAAGAAAUUUCUGGAAUGGAAAGUGGAUGCAAUGAUGAAUUUGAAAGCUCAAGGCUUGGAGCACACCGUUAAAGAAAAUAAAAGUCCCUCUGGUCAAACAAUUGAUACUACCACUUCUGCAAUGACUGUUGUAAAACCUGUUACUGAACAAAAUAAGACAAAAGCCUUAGUGUUGUUAAGACAUCAUUUACAUGAAGGCCUUAAAACUGAGUACAUGAUGGUUGAAGAUCCCAAAGAAUUAUGGGAUUGCCUUAAUGAAAGAUUUGGACACCACAAAAGGGUGCUCCUUCCUAAGGCAUUAUUUGACUGGACAAAUUUACGGUUCCAGGAUUUCAAAUCUGUAAUUGAUUAUAAUUCAACCAUACAUGAGAUAGUGUCUAUAUUGAGAUAUUGUGAUCAUCCAGUUACGGAUGAACAGAUGAUUGAAAAAACACUCACUACCUUUCAUGCAAGCAACAUACUGUUGCAAGAACAGUAUCGUGAAAGAGGUUUUAAAAAGUUCAAUGAAUUAAUGAGUGUAUUGCUUGUUGCGGAACAAAAUAGUGAACUUCUGUUGAAAAAUCAUAACUUGAGACCAACUGGGUCUUUGGCCACUCAUCAUGAGGCAAAUGCAACAAAUUCUUAUCCACCCGAGUCAAAUGCUACACGAAGAGGUGGACGUGGAAAUUACAAUGGUCGUGGAAGAGGCCGUGGAAAUUAUCGCGGCCGUGGCCGUGGUCGUGGUAGAAACAAUUUUCAAAGAAAUAGUAAUUUUAAAAAUUUUGAAAAACAGAAGGGACAGUCAUCUAGAAGCCACAAACAAACUCCUUCGAAAGGAAAAGACACAUGUUAUAGAUGUGGCAUGACAGGACAUUGGGGACGUACUUGUCGUACGACCAAACAUUUGGUAGACCUUUACCAGGCUUUUGUAAAAGGCAAAGAGAAAAAUGCAGAAGCAAAUUAUGUUAACGAGGAAAAUAAUCCUUGUCCCAGCCUUGAUGUGUCUGAUUAUUUCAUGGAUAAUGCUGAAAUUGGAAUUUCAUUCUCGGAGAAAACAACAACAAUGCUUAGGUUUCCCAUCUACUAA